AAAAUUAAAUUAAUGCGAUAUCAAACUUUAGAUCAGGGAACAAUGACUUAUUAGAACAAUUUCUUAGAUUCCGAAGCUUUACAGAAUACCAAUAUCCAGAUAGCGGAUGAAAUUCUGGCUCUCCAGUUUUGAUUUUGUCUUUGUUAUGUUUUAUUUUGAUGAUUUUACCGGAGUUUAAUCCAAUAAUUUCGACCUUUUAUGCUAAAUUGAACGCACCAUCCCUCAUACGGCUUUCCGUCGCUUUUUAACAAAGUAACCAUAGCAACCAACACUGUGCAUUGCCUACUUCGCGGACCAUGAUUAGGACCGAAAUGUUUUUACUAUUUUUACCGAAUAUUUACUGUCAGAAAUAACCAAAUGUUACGAUAAGGUUUGGUUUCAGUUAGAAAAAUAGUUUCCUAACCGCCAUACACGGCGUUUUAAAGGUGAACGAAAAGAGUUUUUCAGCAAAGUUUCAGUUAACCGACUGUUUUGUAGCAAUAAGCGGUAGCUCCUCCUCUGUCCCGGGAUGGAUCUGGGACAAACUGUGAGCCGGGAGAAUAUGGAAAUUCCCGGAAUAAAUCUGAGUGCAUCAUUGAAGGUUAAAAACGUCCAGGAGGCCCCUCCUAAAAGUCUGGACCUCAUAAAGGUUCUUUAUCUUCUUCGGGAUCCUCUGACGACGAACCUGACGGGGAGGCACCUGUUUGUCCUGAGGAAGCUCCUGAAGAGGAACAAGUCCGGCUUCCAUUUAAGGGAGCUUGCAGAUAUAGCCCAGAUAAUUGACAUCUGUGCUGAGAAAGUGAUUGAGCGUCCCAAAUAUGCACCAUUUCUGUGCGAAAUUCUUGAAAUCAGCAGAUUUCCCUUCCUGAAGGAGAGAACAUCUGAUGACCUGAUCUACGCUGAGGACGCCAUAAACUUCCUCUCCUGCUUGGGUCGUCUGAUGAAGAUCCCGAAUCCUGACAUUCAGGAGCGCGUCGUGGAAAUGGUCCAGUCGUUUUUCAGCUCUGAGGCGUCCAAGAAUCAGCCUGAAGACAACCAGAUCAUCUCUCCAGCCUACCGGCUGCACCUGGUGGAGCGCAGCGACCUUCCCAAGUUGCUGGUUGAGUCCGUUGCCUCGCUGCAGCACCAGCCGUUCAUCAAGCUGCAGCUGCUGGAAACCCUGCAGCUCCUCUGCAGCUCCUCCGACCUGAACUGCAGGUCGAUGCUGGACGCAGGAGCAGCGCGGACCGUGUGUCUGCACAUGAACGGAGCCGACACGCCGGACCAGUUCCUGUCCUGCUCCUCCGAGAUCCUCUGGAUCCUGCUGGAGAGCAGCGGCCGGGACGACACCGUGGAGCAGCUCUGCAGCCUCGACUGCGUGGUGUCUCUGAAGGAAGCGUUUUCAUCCGUCCUGGCGCUCACAUCCCAGGGCUUUGACCUCCAGCUCAGGAACCAGCUGCUGGUGUUCACGACUCUCAUCGCAGAAAAUCCAAACUGUCCGCUCAUCGAGAGCUUAUUUGCCAAACAGCUGCUGGGCUACAUCACACUUCCAGAACUGGUGACCACUUCAGCGCAGAAACUCACCCACAGCAAAGAAGACCUGAAGAUGAAGAAGCUGCUGCUGAAUCUGCUGAUUUUGUUGUCCAGAAACGUUGCUGCUGUGCACCUUUUCAGAGAGGAGCUGGUCAUGGUGAGCCUGCUGCGGUUGGCAAAUCCACCUGAGAAGCAGCCGGCUUCGCCUCAGAGCGCCAUCCUCAGCCAGCAGGAGGAACUGCAGCUGCAGGCUCUGGAGACGCUGGCCACCAUCGUGCCGGUCAUGCUGCAAGACUACAUGAGCUGCCAGGGGAACACGCAACUGCUGCUGCUGCUGGAAUGGUGCUGCGAUGCCAGAGACAGGCGGAAGCUGCAGAUGCAGCGCUGCAUCAGAGUCCUGCGCGCCGUCACGUCUCUGGGGGAGCAGGCCGUCAACCAGGACCUGAGCGACCAGGGAGCCAUCCACCAGCUUCUGGAGAUUAUAAUCCAGCUGGCAGCCGAUUGUGACGAGGGCGAUGCGGUAACCAUAGAGAUGAUGUCGAACAUCCAGCUGAUCCUGUCAGCGCUGUGUGAGACCGACCUGCACAGAAAGGAGCUGUUUGGGUCCGAGGGAGUGGAGAUGGUCGUACGUUUCCUGAAGAACGGUUCGAAGGACUUCUACAGCGGUUUGGGUCACAACAAGCUGCUGAUCUCCACCAUCGACUGCGUGUGGUCCUGCAUCAUCGGCUGCAGCCUCACAGAAGACCAGUUUCUGGGGAUGGACGGCGUCGGCCUGCUGCUGGAUUUGCUCCGCUCCAGCCCCAGGUGUGUGCACAGCAUCAUCCUCUCCAUCCUGCUGGACCUGUGCAACAACCCAAACACCCGGCCGCUGGUCCUGGGCUGGAGGGACGCCGACGGCCACACGGCCCCCGGAGUCCUGCUGCAGCUCUGGAGGGAGGAAGAGGAGGAGCUGGGCGUCCUGCGGGACGAAAACGGAGGAAUUAUUGAUCCGGAGAAGCCACUUCUGACCCGCUUCCAGGACGAGAGCAGCAGCCUGUCGUUUUCGGCCAACUCGCCGUCCGCAGCCGUGCUGGAGACGAUGGAGAACCUGCGAGGGAAGAUUUACCUGCUGCUGUCCAACCUGGGUUUCCAGGAUUUUCCUGGUCUGUCGGUGGGAGAUCAUGUGACUCUGGGCAUCGUCAAGAGAUACCUGGACUUCAAGGUCUGCGAGGUUUGGAACGAGAUCAAGAACGAACUGAGUCUGGACGGCGUGAAGCCGAUCACCUCGGACGAAAAUGCGCUGUGCUCCAUUUCUAAGACGUUGACGGAAACGGUGCAGAGCGUGAUGGAGGAGCAGAGCCGCGUCCUGGAGGAGCAGAAGCAGCAGGAGAUCCAGGAGGAAAUCCGCAUCUACGCAGAGAUGAAAACCCACCGGACACAGCAGGAACUCGCAAAGAAAUGCUGGGACAACUACGUCGCCAGAACUUCAAAUUACAACAUCCUGAAGGAGGAAAAAGCUCAGAGGAAAAAACACCUGAAAUCCAAACCGAAGCCUAAAGAAGCUGUUGAUGAUCGACGUCCGAAGCAUUUCGUCACCCACAUCCUGGCAGUGAAGACCACCGACGAGCCGGGUCCUGCAGGGGUCGACGUGUCGCUCUCCAGAACCGUAAUCUGAGCCAAACGGACCGAAGAAGAACCCAGAAGUGACGGCACCAAGACUCCUGGAUCUCCAGCAGCUCUAAAUGCUCCUCCAGUUCUCAGAGGACCAAAACCAAGAGAACAACAUUUUCUGCAAUAAACCGCUUCUGUAAGACAA